UCAUCCUCGCCUCUCUAGAAAGCUCCUCAAGGCUUAAACCCUCGGGGGUCCAAAAGCCCUCACAUCGUCGUCAUUGUGUCAACCAUGGCUUCUUCCUCUCUUCAUCUCCGGCGUGUCCUGAGAACUCUCUCCGGUCUCCACCGCUCGUUAUCGGCAACCUCUUCCGUCUCCGCCCCUCCGCUAUUCCUUCCAGUUCGGCAUGCCGUUUCGUCAGCAUCACCGCCAUCGCAGUCCCCGACUCUUCUCGUUCAUUCCCGGGCAUUCAGAUCCUCUUCGAUAUCGCUUCUGUCUGCUCGGUCCCCGUCCGCCAAUAAUUCCGACGAGAUCGGCCCCGAUACUAUACUUUUCGAAGGUUGUGACUAUAAUCACUGGCUUAUUGUCAUGGACUUCCCCAAGGACAAUAAGCCCACCCCUCAGCAGAUGGUUGAGACCUAUGAGCAGACUUGUGCCAAGGGUUUGAAUAUCAGUGUGGAGGAGGCAAAAAAGAAGAUUUAUGCCUGUAGCACAACUACUUAUACAGGAUUUCAGGCUGUCAUGACUGAAGAAGAGUCAGAAAAGUUUAAUGGUCUUCCUGGAGUGAUCUUUGUGCUACCAGAUUCGUAUAUUGAUCCGGUGAACAAGGAAUAUGGAGGAGACAAGUACAUUAAUGGAACAAUCAUUCCUCGACCUCCACCAAUACAAUAUGCAAGGAAUCAAGGAAGACGUGACCGGAAUAGAAAUCCUGACCAACCUAGAUAUAAUCAACCUAGAUAUAAUCAGCAAGGGGAUCAGAUGUCAAACCCACCAGGGAAUCGCCCUUACAAUUAUCAGGGGCCCAUGCAAGGUGAUGGAAGGAACUUUGGACCUUCACAAAAUCAAUCACCUCAGCAGAAUUUUGGUCCAGCACCACAGAGUUAUCCCCAAGGACAAAGCUAUGGUCCUCCUUCACAGCAAUAUCCACCACGGCAACAAUAUGGUCCUGCUUCACCACAAGCACCACAGCAACCAUAUGGUCCUGCUUCAUCGCAACAUGCACCACAACCUAACUUCGGACCACCAGGACAAGCAGUAGGGAGAGAUCCUAUGAAUAGGCAUGGUGGAGCUGGUGCUUACCAGGGGCAAGGAGAGAGUUUCAGCCCAUCAUAUAUGGAGAGUUAUAAACCCUCUUAUAAUCUACAGGGUUCUCAGCAAAGAUAUCCACCUGGACAGGGAAAUUUUACUGGGGAUAAUAGGAAUUAUGAUCCUUCACAGGGCGGAAAUUAUGGGCAAGGACUUGGGUAUCAGGGUACAGCAAAUACGUAUGGUCAAGGAACAAACCAGGGGUAUGGGCAAAAUUUCUCAGGGCAAGGGGAAGGUCAGAGAUUUGUGCCAGGGGAACAAAGGAAUGCAUAUGGAGAGCAGAGGAGCCAAGCACCUUUUGGACAAACAGGCACCGAACAAGGAAGAUAUUGAUUUGUAGCAGGUAGAGUUUGAGACGCAGGUGGCAUGAGUAGAACUUUUUCUUUUAUUUUUCUGGACAAUAUGCGUGGAAUUUUUAAGUGCAUUCCUGAUUACAUUUUCGCGGGUGUUCGUGGAAAAAUGAAUUACUCAAGUUACCACUACUAUGUGUUGCUCUGUUACAUUUGGAUGUCGUUUUUGAUUUGUAAUCUGAGGUAGUUGUCAGCCAAAAGGUCUUGGGCUUUCUUCAGGCA